AUGGUCCUCGGCCUCUACACCUUCGCCGACAUCGCUGCCGACGGAGCACCCCGCCUCGAGGCGGCCGAUGGCGAGGAGCUCGUCCGUGUAGAUCGCGCUGCCGAGCUUGCACUCGGCCCCCGCGCGCUGAAGGCCCCCGGAACCCUUUUCCUCACCACCAGGAGGGUGAUCUGGGUCAGCGAUGGCGGCGAGGGCUACGCUGUAGACUUCGUUGCCGUCUCGCUCCACGCCGUGUCGCGUGAUCCCGAGGCGUAUCCAUACCCCUGCAUCUACACACAGAUUGAGACGGAAGCUAGCUCUGGUGAGGAGUCUGAUGUGUCAGAUUCUGAAACAAAUGGAGAACUCGAGCUCUCAAAAGUUACCGAAAUGCGUAUCAUACCUUCAGAUCCUGGUCAAUUGGAUGAACUCUUUGAAGCAUUCUGCAAUUGCGCUGAGCUCAACCCUGAUCCUAGUGCUGAGAGUGAUGAAGAACCUGGCUGGGUUCAUGGUGAUGAGGGUUAUGAAGAUAUGACAGAUGGAAGCGACACUGAGUUUUCAGAUGUUAACCCAAUUGGUCAAACUGGUGAGCAGGAUAUUACUCAUGCUGUAAUCAAGCUCCAGAUCAAUGACCAACGUUUUGAGGACGCAGAAAUAGAUGAGGAGAGCCACAUAAACGGGAACUAA